AUGUUUGCUUAAAAAUAGAUUACUAACAAGUUACUAUUGGCUAAGCUUAGAGAGAUUGAAGAAAGAAAUGAUACACAGUCAUCUCCAUCAUUCAUGAAUCAGACUGUUACCAUUAAUAAUUAGCAUAUAAGUGAUUAAAUUAGAAAGGCUAAAUAAGAAGCAUUAAGCUUACAUACAAGUUGCAAAUCAACUUAGCAUUCUCCAAAAACUUCCUUAGAUCUUUCAGAAUUUAUUAAACAAACUAAAAUUUAAUAAAUGACCUAAUAAAAAUUGUUGAUGGACAAAAAGUUUCAAAGACUUACUAUUUCUAAAGUACGUGAUGAUGUCAGUCAUUUUUAUGAUUAAAUAAGAUAGCCUAAAACAACAAGUAAGUUUAUUUUCAUAAAUAGGGGAGUAACGCAGCUUUUAGUCCAGACGUUAAGGAACAACUUUCCAUAAAAAAUCACGUAGUGGAUAACAGAUUCAUUUGAUUAAUAUGAAAGAAUAUUAAAAAUUAGAAGGUAGUUUGAAUAAAGAAAUAUCCUCUUUGCAUACAGAAGAUCCAGGUGGAAGAGUUUAGAGUAUACAAUUAAAAGAUUGGUUUUAAAAAUAAUAAUCUCAAGAUUUGAUACCACUAUUAACGGUUACAAUGAAUGAAUUAAUUAAAUCAUUGAAAAGAGAAUGUUUAGAAAGAGGAGAGUUAGUUGAAUAAAUUUGGGAAAAAGUUAUUCAUAUGGUUAAUAAAAUUUAAUUUGAUGCUGAAUUAUUAGUUAAAAAAAAUGAUGUCUUAGUAAUGGAUGAAUAAGCUAAAGUUUUUUUUAUUUAUUAAGAAAAAAUGUCUGAUUUAUAAACUUAGAUUUAAGAUGUUUCAUUUAAAUACUCUUAAGAAGUUGUUCAACACAACGUUUGCAAAUAAGAAUAUUAGGAAUUAGAGACCAAUUUCAAAAAAAACAGAGCAUAAUUAAAUGAUUUAAGAAAAAUUGCAUCAUUUUUAUAAAAGAAAUUAAAGCAAUCUCAUUAAGAAAUAGAAAUCCUAAAUAGAAAAUUGUAAACAAUUACUUAAAAGUAAUUAGAAUCAUAAUAGUAAUAAUAUCAAAAGGACAUUAAUAGUAGUCACUAAUAGGGUAAUAGUUAAAAGAUUUUAAUAAAAUAAGAGAGUAUGUUCUCAUAAAGAUAAUCAUAAAUUUUGCAACCUCCUUUAUUAAACCAGGUAUAAUAAUCUUAGCCACAGAAAGUCUUGUAACAUAUAACCAAUUAAAAUUAAAUAUAAUCAGGAAGAAGAAUGUCUUAUUUAGGUAAUUCUUAAAUACAAUAAACUUAAUAAGAGAAAUCAAGUUCAUCUGAAGAUGAUGAUUUGAUGGAGGGUUUAUUGGAUGAUAAAAAUAUAAUAGAGAUGGAUAAUAUGGUUAUGAAUAUGGAUAAGAUUAUAAAAGUAGCUUGUGUAGAAACUUAAGUUGAACCAGACAUUCUACAUUUAUAUUAGAAAACUUAAGAAAUCCAAACAAAUAUAACAAUGAUGGCAAAGGAUUACAAUUUGAUUACUGAUUCUUAAGCUAAAAUCUAUAGUGUAUUGGAUCAAUAUAAAUAAAGAAGCCAAGUAGAAGAGGCUCUAAAAUUAUGUGAAGACAAACCAAAUAAAGGAUUUUCAGGAAGAUAAUUAAAUUAGAUUAUUGAAUCUAAAUUUCUCAAUAAAGAUUUACCCUCACCAGGAAUAAAUAAAAUAACUCAAUUAAGACAAGAUUCUUUUAGAUCUAAAAAAGCUAUCAAUUAAUCAAAUGAGUAAGUAACUAGCAAUGAUUAGAGCAUGGAUAAUAAUUCCGAUAAAUAUUUAGAUUUAGAAAAAGUUAAAACUCUUGUUAUAAUGAUGCAGAGUUUGGAAAAUAAAAACAAAGAACUUUAAUAUAUAAUUGAUUAGAUGAAUGAAAGAUGUAAUUAACACAUACAAGAAUUAGAAGACACAAGAAGUAGAGCAGUAUCUAUUGGAACAUUUAAAAUUUUGAAAGAGUAAUAAUAACAAUAGUAAAUGACAUAAUAACAAUUGGAUGGAGAGUCAUCUCCUGAAUAAUUUGCAAAAUUCAAUUCAUCUUAGAAAAUGAUUAGAAGAUAGAAAGAUAAUAAGAAGUUAAAUUAAGCUAAAUUGAUUUUCAAAGGUCCUUAAUUGGGUCAGAAAGUAAAUAUAGUAUAUGAAUUCUAAAAAAUUAAUGCAGGUCCAUAAUUGGUUGAAAAAAUUAAAUUAAAGUAAUUACCAAAAAUUAAGCAUUUUAUGCCUUUAAAAUUACUUUUAAAACAAAUAACUGUAAUUUAUUAAGAUAGAAUACAACAGUAAAAAGAUAAUUAAGCUUUUAAAGAUUAAGAUAUGGCUUCAUUUGUUUAUAGUUAUUUUUUACAAUAAUUUGGUAUAAAAAAGAUAGCUGAAUAGAAAUUCUUGAUUCUCUUAGUAUCUGUCAAACAUUAUAAAUAACUGGUAAGAAUUAACAAUUUUGCAAAAUUCUUAGGUUUAUUUGAUGACUGUGUUAAUUAUACAAUAGAUGAGAUGAAAAAAUAUUUGGAAGCUUUUGAUUAUGUGACAAAUAUUUCAACUUUGGGUAUAUCAAUAGGAGAUUAAGAAUCAGAGGUCAGAUAUUUUGUACCUUACGUUAGAGCAUAACAAUAUAUAGGAAUGUUUGCAGAUUCAAGAAUGACAAUUGAAGAGAAAGAGGAAUUGAAAAAGGAAUUAGAUUUAUUAAAAGAAGUAGAUACAAAAACAACUAAUAGAUAACCAGUCAUAGAUUUUGAUUAAUUUAUGAUUCAAAUGUUUGUGAAAUAUAAAAUAUUAGUAAGUAGAGCUAAAGAAUAUGUAAUCAAUGCAUUUGCUGCAUGUGAUUUAGGUAAUAACAUAAUAUAUAUUAAAUUAGAUGGGAAUGGAAUGUGUAAUUUUGAAGAAUGGUAUUUAUUACUUAGACAUAUAGAACCUGAUAGAUUAACAAAUGAUGAGAUUUCUGAAAUAUUCUUCACAAAUGCUGAUUUACUAAUUAAAGGAGAAUAGAAUUUUUCAUUUGAAAAGUUUGCAGUAGUGUGUGUAGAAUACGGUUUAUUUUCAGAAGAAGCUUAAAACUAAUUUUUAUAAAUAAAAGGGACAAAAACCGAGAUAAUGAUAUAAGUAAGAAUAGUUAAUAAAAAUUGCUAGUUUUAAAAAUUAAUUGAUGGAUGGAUAGGAUAGAGAAAGAUAAUAGAAUAAAGAUUUGAGUAAUUAACUUUAUUAGAAACUGAGAAGAUAGAUUCUUGGAGAGAGAUAAUCGAGACUUUGGAGAGGAAAAUAUAUGAUUUAAAGGAACAUUUAACUUAGGCUGGAGUAGAGAAGAAAGUAAAACCACUUUUGAUAGCAAAUUUGUUAUUAAAUCAAGAAUCUGAAAUGUUGUUAGAAUUAUAAGAAGAUAUGGAUGAAGAUGGAUCACCUAAAGCAAGUAGAUUUCAACAAAAUUUUGGUUCGAAUGAAUCGAUUCGUAUACAAAUGGAUAUUAUAAAGGAAUGA